CUCUCUCUCUGUUUAUUUCUUGUCUAUCACUCUUUCUGCUCGUGGGUCUCCAUCUUUAAUCUAACUCCUUUUGUCAUUGCUUCAAGCCAUCCUCCAUUUUCUUUGCAUUUCUUUUAAGUCAUUAAUUUCAUUGUCGGAGAAGUACAUUUUGCCCCCCUCUCUCUCUUGCUUUUGCUUUUCUUGUUCCAAUUCUGUAAUGAAUAUGUCAUCACUGAGGAUGAGCUGAGGAUUUUCUUGAAAUUUCUUGAAAUUCUUAUGUGGGAUGAUGGGCUUGGCUAUGCUGCAAGUUCUGGGAUUUGUGCUUAAAACAUGUGCCUUUUCUUGUGCAUUUCUCAUUCAAGGAUCUGCCGUUCACCAUGUGUCGAACGUAAAUGUCUUCGUCAGCAUAGCACCUACACCACUACUUCAACCAAAUGACACAGCUUUGCAACCUAGUCCUUCAAUAUCACCUCCAAAUGUCUAUGUUCCACCGGCGCCAUCUUUUGACGACUCUGUUCCAUCAAUGCCACCUAUUCUUCGUCCAGCACCUGCCACAUCACCUUCAACCAGUUCACCGCCAGAAGCCACACCGCCAAAUUCUCGUCAAACUGAAGCACCUACGUAUAAUGCUCCUGUAUCUACUGUUGCACCAGUAUCGAAUGUGCCCGUUUGGACAGAAUCUCCACCGCCUUCUCACUCAGUUUCGCCACAAGAACCACCUUCUCUUCCUCCAGAUGCGUCUACACCCCCAGCAUUGCCAGCUGGCCCUCCACCUGUCAAACCAAUUCUAAACGAACCUCCUCCGUCCAGUCCUCCAGAGCAAAUUGCCUCACCGCCUGUAUUAGCACCUCCACCUCCAAGAACCAGCAAAAAAACACCUGCUAUGCCAAUCGCAGCACCUGCAAAUAAAACUACCUAUCCUUAUGCACCACCUGUAAGCCACUCCCCUACCAAAGCUCCUACUGUGAGUGUUCCUCCUCCUCGUGCAUUUUCAAAAUCAAAAGGGUCUCAUGGAAAGGCUCAUAAGAUUACCCCUGCUCCACUCUCGGAUGCCAUUCCUCCAAAUUCAGGCUCCUCAGAUAAACAUUAUUCUCGUAUACCACCAGCUCCAUCUCCAUCUCCAGUUUCUCCAUCUCACCACGCCAAAAUUCCAUUUGUCUUCCCAAAAAUAUCUCCGUCUGUAUCACCGCCAAGAAGUCCCAAAUUGCCGCUGCUGCCACCAAUGCGAUCGCUACCACCUCCACCUCCUAAUAAAGCUUGUGGGCCCCUGACAUGCACCGAGCCACUGACGUACGGCCCGCCCGGAUCCCUAUGCGUCUGUGUGUUGCCAAUACAAGUGGGCCUACGCCUCAGCGUAGCACUGUACACAUUUUUCCCUUUAGUUUCCGAACUAGCCUCCGAAAUUGCUGCUGGAGUAUUUAUGAAGCAAAGCCAAGUUCGAAUCAUGGGAGCAAAUGCAGCUGGUGAUAAUCCGGACAAGACCAUUGCCCUUAUCGAUUUGCUACCACUCGGAGAAAAGUUUGAUAGUACUACAGCUCAUUUAACUUUUCAAAGACUUUGGCUCAAACAAGUUGUUAUAAAAUCUUCGUUCUUUGGCGAAUACGAUGUACUAUAUGUCCGAUAUCCAGGUCUGCCCCCUUCUCCGCCUUUGCCGCCAUCGACAAUUGGCAUCAUACCGAGUAAACCUUACCCUGGUCAUGACAAUAAUGCACGGACAAUUCAGCCCCUAGGUGUUGACAUAAGUGGGAAGCAACAAAAACGGGGGAUUAGCAGAAACAUAAUAGCAACAAUAGUCUUGUCUUGUUUUGUGGCUGUAAUACUAUUGUCUGCUCUUGCAUGGGUUUUUCUCUUCAGACAAAGAUACCGUGUUUUCCAACCGGGCCCUAAUCCACCAAUUAUGCUCCCUUCACACACCAAGUCCUCAGCUGUAGCAGUAUCCAUACUCGGAAGUGGGAUAAGUUCGCCUCCAUUCUCCUUAGGCUCGACGAGCAUUGCAGCUUAUACUGGCUCAGCAAAGACAUUCAGUUCAAUCGAUAUAGAGAGAGCAACCGAUUUCUUCAACGAAACGAGAAUACUAGGCGAAGGUGGAUUUGGACUAGUGUACAGAGGGGUCCUCGAAGAUGGAACCGAAGUUGCAAUGAAGGUACUCAAAAGAUGCGAUCAACAGGGAAACCGUGAAUUCUUUGCCGAAGUCGAAAUGCUAGGCAGACUUCACCACAGAAACUUGGUCAAGCUGAUUGGUAUAUGUGUGGAGGAUCGCACUCGAUGCUUGGUUUACGAACUUAUUCGAAACGGUAGUGUGGAUUCUCACUUACACGGCUUCGACAAAGAAAGAUCUCCACUUGAUUGGAGUGCACGCCUGAAAAUUGCACUCGGAUCCGCUCGAGCUCUAGCCUAUCUGCACGAAGAUUCGAGCCCACGUGUCAUUCACAGAGAUUUCAAAGCAAGCAAUAUCUUACUCGAAGAUGAUUUCACACCAAAAGUAUCCGAUUUCGGAUUAGCACGCACUGCAUUGGACGAGGAAAACACACACGUUUCGACCCGUGUUAUGGGAACUUUCGGGUAUGUGGCCCCGGAGUACGCGAUGACGGGGCAUCUACUCGUGAAGAGUGACGUCUACAGCUACGGUGUGGUCCUUCUAGAACUUCUGACCGGAAGGAAGCCGGUCGACAUGUCACAGCCAGCUGGCGAAGAGAAUCUAGUCUCGUGGGCCCGGCCCCUCCUAACAAGUAGGGAAGGUCUAGACUCGAUAAUCGACCAAUCAUUAGUACUGCCUGAUUUUUCUCCAGACAGUGUUUCGAAAGUAGCUGCGAUUGCUUCGAUGUGCGUUCAGCCAGAGGUGUCACACAGGCCAUUCAUGGGGGAAGUUGUACAGGCCUUAAAACUUGUAUGCAACGAGUGCGAAGAUCUUAGAGAGUCUCCUUCUAGAAGCUUCUGCAGCCGAGAGGAGGAUUUGUCUCUAGUUACGGUUGACACUAAUUCGGACACAAUGCCAGCUCAUUUGCUGUCUCCUUCGUCGGUGUCAGAUUAUGAUUAUCGGCUCGACGUUGAGAGAGAUAGAGAUCUUUCUAUGUCGGAGUUAUUGAGUUCUUCCGCGAAAUUCGGAGCGGAAGAUUGCGAGUCUUUUAGGAGGCAUUCUAGCUCGGGGCCUCUGAGAAUGGGAAAAACGAAGCCCUUAUGGAAAACGAUGAGGAAAUUGUCUCGAGGGAGUGUGAGUGAGCAUGGGGUGUUAUUUAGACUUUGGCCUGGAUCUCGUUAGUGUGUGAUUUAGGGUUUUCUUGAAUUUUUAGAAUUCUUGGAAGGUAAAUUUGAGGGGAGUUUCUUGGUGGUUAAUUGUAUUGUUUUGUUUUUUCUUUUUUGGAAUGUUGAUGCAAUUUUUGUACAGAAAAAAAUGUUGUAAUGUGUUCUUGUUCAAAAAUAUGUUGACAUCUUUUAUGGCAAAUUCUUGGAUCAAGGCUUUGUCUGUGUUAAUGGAAAAAACAUAUCGGCUAUGAA